CAGAAAAGGAGGGUAUCUUUUGGACAGAGCAACAACAACACGGUAAGCUUGGAGCUGUUUAAUACUGGAGAUCAUAACAAUAGCGGAAGAGAGAUGACAGUGUCGGAAGUUGCUGGCGGAGCCGAAGCAGAGUCCCCUCAAGAAGAUCCACAACGGGUAUUUCCGAUUAAAACAGAGUCAGAGUCAGAAUCAGAAGUGGAACUAGGUAGUGACAUCACUGGGUUCAACAGAAAUGAGCUACUGGAAUUUCUCCAGCCACAGCAAGACCAAGUAGCUACUUCAGGUUUAUGUGAUCAGUUUUAUGACUCACUUCAGGCCCUCAAAAGAAGAAACAAGCAAUGUUUGUUAGAAUUAGGACUCAUGUAUCAAGUAAAGCUGAAAAACAAUAAUCAUCCACCCAUAAAAGACAAGGAACUGGAAGAUUUUUUCCAGGGCAGUGGAAGAUUGAUGCUGCCAACAAAAUUCCAUAAAGGUCUGAGAUGUGGUAACAUAAGAAGUUGGAACUCUUUGUCUGACAUCACUUUAGAUAGCUCAAAAGAUGAGCAAAAUCAUUACUCAUUUCUUCAGUCUUGUUCAAAACCAAAGAGUGCCUCAGCUACCUGGAUUUCCUCUCUUACCAUUCCUCAGCCCUUCAAGAUGACUCUUAGAGAAACUCACAAAAAAUCCCAAUUGCUAAAAUCACAUGCAUUGCUUGAAAUAGAGUCAGCUACAUACAAAAGGCAAAUGCAAGAGGAUGCAGAAUGCCAGAAACAGUUCAGAGCACAACCUGUGCCUGCUCAUAUCUAUCUGCCACUCUACCAGGAAAUAAUGGAAAAGAAUGAAAUCCGUAGACAAGUGGAAACUCAAAAGAGAAGGGAGCUACUUCUUUCAAUGCAAAAACCCUUCAGCUUUCAGGAAAAAGAAGAAAAGAGAAAAGAGGCCAUCAGACAAAAGGUUCUGAACAUAUUAACCCCGGUUGAGAAAACAGUACCGAAGAUCAGGAAGAUCCCCAAGUCCACAUAUGAGCCAAUGCUUGGGGAUAAACUCAAAGAAGCUGAACUCUUAAGAAAAAUCCGUAUUCAGUUGAGAGCCAAGGAAUUGUUGGAAAACUCCUGGGCCCCCAUUAAGCUUGGCAAUAAACAAAGGGACAAAAAAUCCCGAAUUGCUUCCAAAAAUAGGGAACAAAAGUUGAGCUUUCUAAAGGACAACUUUAGUUUUAAGCCAAGAAUUAACACAUCAGUGCCUGAUUUUGAAGAACUUUACUGGGCAUUUCAGAGAGAAGUACUAAGCAAACAAGAAAUUAAAGAAGCAACUCGUAAUAAACCAUUCAGACUGAGAACGUCAGAUCUCAAUUGCAGACAUAAAAUAUGUGACAAGAUUAUGGAUUUUCAGCAACCUUCUAUGGCACCAGUACAAAGAAGUAGGUCUUUGACUUGUCUUUCAUGCCUCUCUACCAAUACACUUCCAAUAUAUAUCACAGAUGCAGUGAGAAAGAGAGCAAGUGCUGUUAAGCUCCUCCAAGAAAAUAAGAAAUACAAGGAGAAUGAAGGAGCUCGCUGGGCAGAGCUACAAAGAAAAAAAUGUCAAGCAAUGCAUAAAUCAGUGAAUUGUCGAGCAAAAGCUAUGGAUCCACAUAAAAGUUUGGAAGAGACACACAAAGAAAAACUGAAGCAAAACUGGCAAAAUGGUCAAAAAAGAACAAGAGAAUAUAAGAAAGAACUAGAAGAGAUGAAGAUGCGAGUGAAAAACAGACCUUAUCUGUUUGAACAAGUCACAACACGUAGUGCCUGUCAAGGAGCACAGAAACUCUUUAGAGACACCUUGCAGCAGUUUGGGUUGAAUGAAGAGUUUGUGAGAAAGAAGGGGAGAGAAGCCACUGAUCUAAUAGAAAAGCAGCAAGAGUUUGAAUCAAAAAGGAAUUAUAAGUUCCAGAGAGGUACUGAGGGCUGACAUCAUAAAACAACUAUCUCAAGAAGGACUAAAAAGACUGGAAUUAAAGUAGAAGAAACUGAUAAAAGUCUCCAUUUGCCUACAGCAUAUUCUUUUCUUUAAUCAAAGUUUAGGACUAGACAAUUUCUGCAGAAGAACUGAAGCUAAAUUUUAUAUUUUAAUUAUAUUAAAAUAUGUGACUGAUGUAUUCUAGUUAGCAAUAUGACUUAUUGAGGCAAUUUUAGAUUUGGUUAAUGCUAGACUUUUGAGAUCUUGCUUAAAAGAUUGUGGAAGAGGAGAGUUGUAUGUACAGCAGUUUGAGCCAGAGAACACAUUUGGAAGUUGAAGACAAACUUAAAAUUGCUACAUUGGUAAGUAAGGCUAGUCACAAAAUACUAAUUUCCCAUAAGGAAACUGAUGCCUAAUAACCUAAAUAACAAGGAGAUCCCAGCAGAAAUCUGUAACGUGCACAUACAACUGGGAAAAGCCUUUGAGCAGUGAGCCUUCCAGAAAACAUCAGUACUUUACUUCUUCUAGGAGUGCUUCUCUUGUGUCUAUGGUUUACACCUCUUUCAAACACUGAACAGAUCUUUUAGAUGAAUAAACUUCAAAAAAUGACCAGGUUCAAAUUUUUCUAGAAUUGCAAUGGGUUCAGCUUCUUUUAAUCAAAAGACCUAGAUGCAACCUAAAAUUUGCAUAACAAUUAAUUCAACCUGAUCCAAAUAAAUCUGUGAUGUCUUCUUGUAUUUUAUAGGAAGAUAAAAAUUGCUUAAUGUAGUUUCCAAGGCUUUAAUAUCAAGCCAGAAGUCUUAAAAUGCAAAGUCUAUUUCAAAGUACAGUCAUGAACCUUGGGCAUUAGCCAGGAACACUGCACUAAAUAAUUGUAACUGCAUCCCAGUUUUCUUCUUCUUGAGUAUGCUCUUGAGGCGCACCAAGUCUUUAUUAAUAGGAUAAGAAUUGAGUGACCACUGAAUGUUUCUCUGAUCUGCCAUUUCUAUGUGUCUGUGUAAUCAUUUCAAAUUAAUUUUAAAUGUAAUGUUCCAUUAGUGUUUUAUACUGCAUAUAAUUGCAUUGUGUUUUUAUGAAGUUGUUACUCAUUUUGAACCUUUAUGUAAGGCAAAGUGUAUUUGAAAAGCCACCAAAUAAAUACACGCUCAACCAUAU